CUGUGCAGUUCUUUCAUCCGUACUUCCCUAGUUGUUAGCAUGAGUUUGGUGACGACGAUGAUGAAGUCGCUUCAGUUGUAGAAAACCCGCCACCUGAAGAUGAACAGCAUGAGCUCAGCCCACAGAUGAAGGAUCUGAGCUGCUACCUGGAUGUCUGCAAGGUUCUCAAAUGAUGAAUAUCAGAAACUAGCCAAAAAUGCAGGGGGCCAUUGCGAGAGUGUGCGUGGUGGUGGCCGCUGCCAUUCUGAACCAUCCGUUGCUCUUUCCUCAAGAGAACAACACGCUCCAGGAGCAGGAUGAGGAACUGAUGGCUCGCAUGCGGGAGCAUGAGGAAAGGCUGUCAGUGGAGCAGGCCAAGCUGGAAAGAGAGCUUUCACAGCAGGAGGAGAGCAGCUCGGAGGGCAGUUCGGAAGAAGGUUAUGGCUGGUACUUUUGGAGCAUCGUGUCGUUCAUUGUCUUCUUCACCAUCGAGAUGUGCAGGGUGGAUCUCGCAGAUGCAGAAAUCCGGCCAUCUGAGGACGAGGACUUGUUCUCAGAGAGUGGACCCGUCAGCCAGAGGACAAUGGUACUAGAUAAAGACAUCCUGAGCAACUUCUGUGACAAAUGCACCUACAUGUCAGCCCACGAAAACUGGAGGGUAAGGGAGUUUGUUGAGGGUUUUGCUGACGACUUACUGGAGUCGCUCAGGGGUGUUUGCGACAAGGAGGCAGACAUGGAAGUCGGGGACUUUGUCGGGAUUGGAAGCAUGUUCGAGUCCUGGAAGGUUUGCAAGCCGCUAAUGUGUGACCUCAUUGUGCCUUUCUUGCCUCCACAUUCGUACUCUUUCCAGUUCCGUCUGUGGUGCAGCCCCAGCAGUGACAUUCCCCCAGACAUGCAGGGCUGUGGUAAGAUAAAGGUAACUAGGCUUGGGGAGAGCGAGGGCGGCUGCGUGUGUGGCUCUGCUAACCUUGGAGAGGACUUGAUCUGCCUGUUGCAUGGCAAGAACGAAGUCGUUACAGUGGUCCACAGUCCUGACGAGCUGCUGUGCUCCAGAGAAACGCGGUUCUUGAGUAAAGAUCAAGUCAUGAAGUGGUUCCAGAUCUCAGUGACCAAAGCGUGGGCACGCAUCUCUCACAAAUACGACUUUGAGGUCAACUUCCGCAACUUGGACACUGCCGGUGCUCUGAAGAUCCGAUUCCGCUCGGGGAGAGUUGUCACACUGAACAUCAUACCAGUGGUACAGCUGGAGGACACGGACGCUUAUUUUGUCUCGCACUUCUCGUCAGAUUGUCACAGUCGUCCAGAUCCGUACUGGCCCGUUUCAUUUGCCGUGUAUGAGAGGAAUUUGCUCAAACAUUUCUCGAAACGUCUACCGCAAAACUCCUGUCACCUAAACUGCCUUCAGAUUCUUACUUUCCUGCACAGGAAGCAGACGGGACUCACGGGAAAGUGCGCCCUCACUAACUACCACCUAAAGACUGCUCUGUUGCACCUGUUGCUGAGUAAAAGACCCUUCCUGUGGGGAGCGGAGAAUGUGGAGCACAGGUUUCGCGAUGUGCUCGGCUUUUUGCAGAAGAGCCUGCUGGAGAAGAGACUUCACCAUGUUCUGAUUGGAAACAGGAAAGUGCCAGAGGAAGUCCGGGUUCCCGAGAUGAUCCGGAACGCGGAGCCCAUCAAUUUGUUCAGGCCUCUGGUGCUGCAGACGGAGCAUCAUGCAGAAACAGUCAGGCAUUUUCAGGAGAUGUUGAGAAACGCACCUGUGCUUAUGCAAGAGUACAUACCUCACUUAUCAAAUGGAGGUUUACACCACAGCCUAGAUUAACAUUUGUGAGUCCGAGUUAAGCCUGAUUUAUACUUUUCAGUGUCAUGAGCAACAGAAGAUAGAUUUUGACACGCUGUGUGU